AUGGAAGUGGAAGAAGAGGGAGUGAUGGACAUGCCAGAUAUGUGGAGGAAUAUGGCGCUAAUGUCCCCUACACAUAGCUUUGACUAUGCGUAUGAAGAUAUUAAUGUACAAGACUAUCAAGAUGAGGAGGAUUUUAAAAUAUGGUUUGUAACCAUAAUUUGUUUCCUUAUACUUCAUCAUGAAUGGGUCAUUCUGAAGGGAAUGAAGAAUAAUUUCUUGGUCUCUUCCUCCUCUUCGAAGUAUGGUACGGUACAUUAA